GAGCGGAGCCGGGAUGAGCGGAGCCGGGAUGAGCGCCCUCGUCUUCGACGACCCGGCCCUGGACGGGCUGGCGCCGUCCCUCGGGCUCGCCGGGGCCAGCGACAUCGACACGGCGCUGCUCAGCGACAUCGACGACAUGCUGCAGCUCAUCAACGCGCCCGACAACGACUUCGCGGCGCUCUUCGACGCGCCGCCCUUCGACGCYGCCGCGCCGCCUGGCCUCCCUGGCRCCUACGGCGAGUCCCCCGCCACCAGCCCCGCCGCCAGCGGGGUCUUCACGGCCGCCCCGGYGCUGCCCCCCUUCGCGCCGCCGUCGCCGGCCCCGCUGCUGCCGCCGGCRCCCACCCGCCCACCGGGCGUCAAGGAGGAGCCGGCGGCCGUGCCGGGCGCCCAGGCCGGGCUCAGGCUGGCGCCCGCCUUCGUCCCCGCAUCCCCCGGCCAGUUCAGCCCCCAGCCCCUGGGGGGCUUCCAGCACCAGCACGGCUUCCCCGGUGAGCACGGGGAUGUGGCGGGGGGGGUGCGUUCAGUGGGUGCCGCCGGGGCGCCCGUGACGCCGCGCUCUGCUCCGCACGCAGCCCCCGCGCCCCCCGUGCACAGCGUGGCGGCGCCGACGCUCCUGGCGCCCGCAGCCGGCGCUGCCCAGCCUGUGUCGCCGCAGAUCCAGCCGGUGCCGGUGCUGCUGCAGCCGCAUUUCAUCAAGGCCGACUCGCUGCUGCUGACGGCCGUCAAGGCAGACGCCGGCGGCGCCAAGACCUCGGUGGCCACCAGCGUCGGCGGGCAGGCGGCCCCGCUGCAGGUGCCGGCGCUGGUGAGCGGUGGCACCAUCCUCGCCACGGUGCCGCUGGUGGUGGACGCCGACAAGCUGCCCAUCAACCGGCUGGCGCCCAGCGGGAAGGCGGCGCUGGCGCAGAGCAAGGGCGAGAAGCGCACGGCGCACAACGCCAUCGAGAAGCGCUACCGCUCCUCCAUCAACGACAAGAUCGUGGAGCUCAAGGACCUCGUGGUGGGCACCGAGGCCAAGCUGAACAAGUCGGCAAUCCUGCGGAAAGCCAUCGAGUACAUCCGCUUCCUGCAGCAGAGCAACCAGAAGCUGAAGCAGGAGAACCUGGCCCUCAAGGUGGCCAUGCAGAAGAACAAGUCCCUCAAGGACCUGGUGGCCUCCAGCGGCGCCGGGGCGGAGGCGCCCAUGGAGGUGGUGAAGGCGGAGGCGCUGGGGAUGCCGACGCCGCCGCCGUCCGACGUGGGCUCGCCGGCGCGCGGCAGCCCCCUCUCGCUCGGUGCCGCCAGCGCCAGCAGCAGCGACUCGGAGCCCGAGAGCCCGCUCCUCGAGGACGCCAAGGUGAAGCAGGAGCGCGCGCCGCCCUCGCCCGGCACGCAGGGCAUGUUGGACCGCUCCCGCAUGGCCCUCUGCGCCUUCGUCUUCCUCUGCCUCUCCUUCAACCCGCUGGCCGCCCUGCUCCGCGGCGCCAGCGCCCCGGCCCCCGCGCAGAGCCCCGGGGGCACCGGGCCCGGCAGGAGCAUCAUGGCUGAGACGGUGCCCAGGGAGGAGCCCUGGGGGUGGUCGCAGUGGCUCUGGCCCACGCUCGUCUUCUGGCUGCUCAACGUGGCGGUGGUGCUGGGCGCCGUCGUGCGGCUCUUCGUCUACGGCGAGCCGGUCACGCGGCCCCACUCGGAGCCCUCCGUGCUCUUCUGGAGGCACCGCCGCCAGGCCGACCUCGACCUCGCCCGGGUGAGCCCCGCCCCUGUGCCAUGGCCCCGCCCCUGCAAGCAGGCCGGCGGGCACCUGCUGGCCAUCAACCUGGCGCUGAGCGCCGUCAACCUGGCCGAGUGCGCCGGCGACGCCGUCUCGGUGGCCGCGCUCGCCGAGAUCUACGUGGCGGCGGCGCUGCGCGUCAAGGCCAGCCUGCACCGCUGCUUCCACUUCCUGGCGCGCCCCUUCCUGUGCAGCGCGCGCCGCGUGGCCCUGUCGCACAGCGGCGCCGUGCCGCCGGCCAUGCAGUGGCUCUGCCACCCCUUGGGCCACCGCUUCUUCGUGGACGGCGACUGGGUGGUCAAGGGGCCGCCCCGGGAGAGCAUCUACAGCUCGGCCAGCAACCCAGUGGACCCCCUGGCGCAGGUGACGCAGCUCUUCCGCGAGCACCUCCUGGAGAAGGCGCUGUGCUGCGUGGCCAUGCCCGAGCCCCGGCGCGCCGCGGCACACGGCGAGGGGCAGUUCUCGGACGCGCUCGAGUACCUGCAGCUGCUCAACGGGUGCUCCGACACCAGCGAUGCGCCCGGCCCCGCGCCCUCCAUCGCCUCCGGCCUGGCCGCCGUCACAGGCACCGACCCCGUGUCCAAGUGGUGGGCGGCCGUCAUCGGCACCGUCAUCCACUGGCUGCAGGGGGACGAGGAGGGCGCCGAGCGCCUCUACCCGCUCGUGGAGACGAUGCCCCGGGCGCUGCAGAGCUCCGAGAAGCCGCUGCCGCGCGCRGCCCUGCACUGCUUCAAGGCCGUGCGGGCCCUGCUGAGCAAGCAGGACGGCUGCCAGGCCAGCCUGGGCCAGUGCGAGAAGGCGAGCGGCUACCUGCGCGAGAGCCUCGACGCCAGCAGCCCUGCCAAGGCCACCAUCGACAAGGCCGCCCAGCUGCUCCUGUGUGACCUGCUCCUCGUCACCCGCACCAACGCGUGGCAGCAGCAGAUGAGCGUGAGCCAGCAGCUGAGCUGCGCCUACCAGCCCUCCGCGCUGGAGCUGCGCGGCUUCCAGCAGGACCUGAGCGGCCUGCGGCGCCUGGCGCAGACCUUCCGGCCCGCCAUGCGCAGGGUCUUCCUGCACGAAGCCACCGCCCGGCUCAUGGCCCGCGCCAGCCCCACGCGCACCCACCAGCUGCUGGACCGCAGCCUGCGCCGGAGAGGCGUGCAGGGCAGCAAAGCAGGCGGCGAGGCCGAGGGCGCGGGCACGCCGCGGGAGCAGGCCGAGGCGCUGCUGCUGGGCUGCUGCUGCCUGCCGCCCCGGCUGGCGGCGGCGCCGGGGCCGCGCGGCGGCGUGCUGGCCGAGGCCGCCCGCACGCUCGAGCGGCUCGGCGACAAGCGCGCGCUGCACGACUGCCAGCAGAUGAUCAUCAAGCUGGGCAGCGGCACCACUGUCACCUCCGGCUAGCGAGGGCGCGUGCCCCGCUCCUUGCGCCCAUCCCGGCUCCGGCGUGCCGCACAYUGGGCAGGAGCCCCCCUGGCCGGCGGCGAGACCCCCUGGCUCCGUCCCCAUGCCCAGCGCUGUCCCCAGCCCGGUGGGUGACGGGGCAUGGGGACCUCUAGUGACACCGUCACAGUAUUGCAUGGCACCCGGCCGCGUGCCCAGCGUGGCCGGUGUCCCCAGCACAGCCUCAACCCUGGCCUCCCCACACUGCUGCUGGCCCUAUGUCCCCUCCGCGGGGUCCCUGCUGCCGGCACGGGACCGCUCCGGUGUCACCCUCAUUGCUGGGCAGCGCCAGGAGCUUUGGCCCCGCGGUGGCAGCUCGGGGACCUCUUGGUGACGGUGCCCGCGGUGCAUAAGAGGGGGGGCCCCCACACCCCAACACUAGCACUGAGCGGCCCCCCGCCGUGCGCGGAUGCCACCAGGCCCCGGUGCCACCCGGAGCAUCCGGGGACACGGAGCC